GAUGGCAGCUAAAAUGACUUUAAUGAUUUACUUUUUGCUCCAACUACAAAGAUAAAUAGUACACUCCGGUUCACUUUACAGACAUCACUCCAAACUCAACAGAGAGAGAGUAAAGAGCAGACAUAGAGAUAAGAUGGCCAUGGCAACAAAAUCAGUUUCUUCUUUCACCCUCAUUUUCAUCCUCGUUUUGGUUAUUUUUGAAGUGCCGGAGAUAAUAGCCCAGGAUAGCGAGUGCCUGAAAGAAUACGGUGGUGAUGUGGGUUUUGGCUUCUGUGCGCCUCGGAUUUUUCCGACGAUUUGUUAUACAAGAUGCCGUGAGAACAAGGGGGCUAAAGGUGGAAGAUGCAUUUGGGGAGCUGCCGGUGCUGGUGGUGUUAAAUGCUUAUGCGACUACUGCAACGACAGCCCUUUUGAUCAGAUUCUAAGAGGUGGGAUUUGAGUCAUGCGGUACGUGUCAUGGUUUGUGUAAUAAUAAAUGUGAAAGGGGCCAAGUGUGUCAUGGUUUGUGUAAUAAUAAAUGUGAAAGGGGCCAAGUGUGUCAUGGUUGGUGUAAUAAUAAAUGUGAAAGUGGCACAAGUAAUAAUGUAAUAACAAGUAUGUGAAAUAAAAUGCCGGAAGUAUCUGAGGCUCACAUGGUUUGAUUA